AUCGCAGACAUUAAAAAUAAGACUGAUUUUCAAAAUAAAAGAAUUGGAGAACUAAAAGACUUAAUAAAACGGAUGAAAGAAAAUAAGAUCGGUGAUACCCCCACACCUUUAACGGAAAUGAAAAUGGAUCGGAGAAGCCGAGUCCCUAUAAUCCUAUUCGACGAAGCCGAAAAAGUUAAGCAUCCGUCCGUUUUGGAUGCCUUGGGAAAAAUUAUGGAUGAUAAUCAAAGAAAAGAGAUUUUAAGCAACCGGGCGACCGAUUUUGUGCGUCAAUUUUUCCCGGCUACUGAUACGACCGGCAAAGUAGAUAAGAAAAAAGAUCAGGAAAACAAAGAAAAAGGAAUAUUAACUCCUUAUCAGCAGAAAAUAAGAGACAUGAUUGGGGAAAGAACAAUCGAAAAUUGUAUUACGGCUACUUGGGGAAUACGGGAUUGGGAUAGCGAUGAAAGUUUGGACGAUGACGACAAAAGCGAUAAAGUGCGUCGUUUAAGAUACGACGAUUUAAACGGAGAAGAAUUAGUGCUAACCAAAAAAAUCGAUUAUGACUUUGUAGCCAAGGAAAAAAAUAAAAAAUGGAGUGCUGUUUUACAUCCGUUAGAUGCUGACGAAGGAGAACAGACCGACCAAGAAACUGUCGAGAGACUAAAAAGAGAAAUUGCCCGAGUUAAAAGAGAAUGUCAGGACGAAAUUAAUCGGCAUAAAGAAAUAGACGAAAUAAGGAGAGCAGAAUUAGAAACAGCCUUACACGCCCUAGAACAGGCCGGAACCGAUAAGGAGAGAUUACAAGCAGCCAUCGACGAUUUGACCGAACAAUUGCGUCGAGCCGGAUUGGAAAAGCCAGAAAUGAAAGAAGUGGAAACCCAGACUGAAUUACCUUAUUUAUCUACAAUGGAAAUUUCUCGAGUACCGGAAAAUGGAGUAGUAAGAUUUGGUGUUAGUCCCUUCGAACAAAGAACUCGCGUCCUAACCUUUGACCCCACAGACGCCGACAAAAUAAAAAAAUUAACGGUUUUAGACUGUCAAGAAUUAAUUCAAAUAGAUUUAAAGGGCUUAACUAAUUUAGAAAAAUUGACCUUAAAAAAUAGCAAGUGGGAUAAUAUAAAGAAUGCGAAAGAGUGCUUAAAAUUAGAAAAAGUAAGCAUUAAAGAUUGUGUGGAAGUUUCUGUUGACUUCUUGGCAGGAACUAACGUAGAAUUUUCGGAAAAUAUCGACUUAACCAGCACACCAAUUAACCAAAAAAAUAAUGUUUAUGCUGAUGUUGAUCCUAAAUUUAAAAACUUGCCAGACGGAAUAACGGCUCGACAGGAUUAUUUUAGCCUUCAGGAAUUACAAAAUAAAUAUAAAAACGCCACCAGCGACGAUAUAAAACUAUUAGCCGAGCAUAUUAUUUUAAUUGCUGGCAAGAUAUUAGAAAAUGCCGAAUAUUUUGACGACGAAUUAAAUCCGAAUAACAUUUCGGCUAAUGCUUUAAAUCGUUUUAUGAAUUCGCUAGAAGCGACUAUUGAUAAAGACGGCAGCAAAUUCCACUUAUUUCCCCCUUACGAUAAGGAUUGA